UGCCCAAUGUGACGAUCAAAUGAGAAAGUUAGGAACCCUCGUCAAUAAUUUGGUUUCGUCUGCCUUCACGGCGAUUGAUCCAACACAGCCUAGCAUCUACACUCAUCCACAUGCGAUAUACAUUGAAUACUGCGGCCGUGAUAGCCGGCCUUAUUCGCGCCUGCAUCUGCGAUGAGGUCGCGGGCUAUUCGGUACUUGCCAAUGACUUGUCUGCCCCUCUGGCGGCAACAAGCGAUACGUCUCCAGACUUGAUCAGAAACAUCUUCAAUCGGCAGACGGAGUGGUGCACCGCAGGGUCUCCUUACGUAGUUUGCCCAACCCCGAGAACAUGCUGCAACGCGAAGUAUAAUUGUACACCGACCGGGUGCUGCCCCAAGAUUGCCGAGACCUGCGGCGGGAAACUCUGUACCGAGCCAGGUUCCGUCUGCUGUGGGAGUGUUGCCUGCAAGCCAGGAGCAAGCUGCAAGCUGUCUCCUGGAGGGCAGAAUGUCUGCUGCAGGAGUGCUACUGAUGUUCCAUGUGAUGGCUACUGCUGCCCAGCAGGCUCCUCCUGCUACGGGGGUGGCCUAUGCCAGAGGGGUUCCCCAUCAGUCUCUCGAUCUACGAUGACCUCCCGAUCUACAUCAACAUCUCGGUCGACGUCAACUUCACAUUUUACAUCGAUCUCUCGGUCAAUCACAAUGUCACGGUCUACUAGUACCAGCAGCGCAGCAACCACAACUCGCUCUACGGCUACUUCCACCCAUACGACAAAGACGACUGACAAAUGCACUCCAAGUGUAGCUCCCAGGGCCGCCGGUGGAUGGGACUAUAUCCAGGUUCAGGGCGAGGACAACUGCGUUCCGGUGCUUGACUUCUUCUGCGUCACCGAUCUGUUCGAUCAGAUGUGUACCAGCAUGUGCCAGGGGAUCCGCGACCAACGGAAUAUCAACCCCCAGAAUGUUCUCAGUGACACGGCAAUUUUGCUGCACAGACGCGAGGGACGCAACGCGGCGGCCGCGUGCGGAAGUAUGGGUUGCAACCAACGCUUGACUUGGAGUAAUCUCUACCAACAAUACUUUAGCAUGCAAUGCGACGAGUUUCCGCCAGCAUCCUCCAUGGAAGGCGGCGGGCCGACAGUGACAUGCAUCUCCUGGUACCAAAACAACCUCGGUGGCGUUUAUCUCCGGUAUUUCUACGACGAUCUUGGGUUGAAACAGAAUCAGCCAUAUGUAAUCCGCAUGGAUACCUGCGAUUUUCCCGCAACGCCAGUCAGCUACCCGCGAGGAAGCGAGCCUCGGCCCCAUCCCAGGCGCCAACAAGCCAACGGCGGCGGACAAACCGUCAAAGCCGCCGAAAAUGCUCUCUGGGUCCGAGAUCCGCGUACCGAGUCCGAAGGGUAUGUCCUCAUGCCCCUCGAGUCGGGCAGCCCGGGAACGUAUAGCGGUACCUUGUCCUUGUCGAGUCUGGAAGGCUUGCAGGAUCUCUCCAUCGUGGAUGGUGCGGGCGGCCUGGUUUGGAACAGCACAGCUGCGGCGGCGUUCGUCGACGGCCAGAGCAACUUGCAGUACACGGUCCAGGACGAUACCCAGGAUCUGUUUGUGGCGGCAAAGGCGGCCACAAGCGUAUCAGUCAGCGCGGCUUUCACGGCGACGAGUGUUCCGCAGGCUACUUCCUCCAUGCCAUCGGCAGCGACUCGCGGCAUUGAAGUGUAUGCUCCGGGUCUCCUAGCAGGCGUUGCGGUUGCCAUCAUGUUGGGCUAAGGGUGUUGAGGAGCAAAUCAUCUGUUGCUGGAGACAGAAAAUGUCUGAAGAAAUGUAAGGGUGCCCAGACCGGUCGUCAAGUCAGACGCUACCAAACACAACAGGGGUUGACCGUAAAGCAAAGUCGGGUUCUUGAACUCGCCGCGACGCCUA